CAGCCCUGGCGGGAGCUUUGGGAGCACGAAACGAGCCCGCGGUGGGAGGAGCGGCCGGCGGGGAAAGGCCUCGGCCCUCCUGCUCAGUGCUGCCGCGGGCCCGGGGCCAUUGCCGGCCCCUCCGCCUCUCCCAUGCCCGCAGUCAGAGGCGGGGAAGUGGAACGAGCCCAGAGGGACGCGGCCCGAGGCUGCUGGGCCCGGCUGCCAGCCUGUCCCGCGGGGGAAGUCCACCCGGGUGCAGCUCCCCGCUGCUGGGACCCUCGGCAGGGCAGCGGCGCCCGGCGGAGGAAGAGGCGGUGCGGCGGCUCCUUCCCCUUCCGGCUCCCGCACGCAGCCGCAGCCCGCGCCGCUGGGCCGGAGCGCUGCCCGGAGCCCCAAGCGCUGCCAUGGCGCCGAGGCGGCGCCGGGGCCUGGCCGCGGCGGGCUCGCUGCUGCCGCUGCUCUGCGCGCUGCUCCGCGCCGCCGCCGACACCAGCCCCGGCCGGGUGGAUGAAGAAGCCUCGAUGUGGAGUUCCAGAUCAUCCCCACCUACGCCAUAGCCGGAGGAAAAAGCGGUAUGCACUAACUGGACAGAAGUGGAGGCAGAAACAUAUAACCUACAGUGUACACAACUAUACCCCCAAGGUUGGAGAGGUCGAUACGAGGAGAGCCAUCCGACAGGCGUUUGACGUUUGGCAGAGAGUGACACCGCUGACCUUUGAAGAGGUCCCCUACCACGAAAUUAAAAAUGACAGAAAGGAGGCAGAUAUUAUGAUAUUUUUUGCUUCUGGUUUCCAUGGAGACAGUUCUCCGUUUGAUGGAGAAGGUGGAUUCCUAGCUCACGCUUACUUUCCUGGACCAGGAAUAGGAGGAGAUACUCACUUUGAUUCCGAUGAGCCGUGGACCCUGGGAAAUUCUAAUCACGAUGGGAACGAUCUCUUUCUGGUGGCCGUCCAUGAGCUGGGACAUGCGCUGGGGCUGGAACACUCCAAUGAUCCCAGUGCUAUCAUGGCUCCUUUCUACCAGUACAUGGAAACACACAACUUCAAACUGCCCCAGGAUGACCUCCAAGGAAUUCAGAAAAUCUAUGGUCCUCCUGUAGAGCCCCUGGAGCCGACCAGACCUUUACCGACUCUUCCCGUUCGCAGAAUUCAUUCAACUUCGGAAAGAAAACACGAGAGACAGCCGAGGCCUCCUAGUCCUCCUCUGGGGGAUCGGCCGUCUCCUCCUGGCGCAAAACCCAACAUCUGCGACGGCAACUUUAACACCGUGGCUCUCUUCAGAGGAGAAAUGUUUGUUUUCAAGGAUCGCUGGUUCUGGCGCCUGCGCAACAACCGAGUGCAGGAGGGAUAUCCCAUGCAAAUCGAGCAGUUCUGGAAAGGCCUCCCCGCAAAGAUCGAUGCAGCCUAUGAGCGGUCUGAUGGGAAAUUCGUUUUCUUCAAAGGAGACAAAUACUGGGUUUUUAAAGAAGUGACAGCAGAGCCGGGCUACCCGCACAGCCUGGUGGAGCUGGGGAACUGUCUGCCCCGGGAGGGCAUCGACACGGCUCUGCGCUGGGAGCCCGUCGGCAAAACCUACUUCUUCAAAGGUGACAGGUACUGGAGGUACAAUGAGGACAAGAGGGCAACAGACCCGGGAUACCCGAAGCCCAUCACCGUGUGGAGAGGAAUCCCUCAGGCUCCCCAGGGAGCUUUUAUCAGCAAAGAAGGCUUUUACACCUACUUCUACAAAGGGAAGGAGUACUGGAAGUUCGAUAACCAGCGGCUGAGCGUGGAGCCGGGCUACCCCAGGUCAAUCCUCAAAGACUGGAUGGGCUGUAACCAGAAGGAUGUUGAGCGAAGUAAAGACAGACGCCUCCCCCACGAUGACGUGGAUAUUAUGGUGACAAUAAACGAUGUGCCUAGCACUGUAAAUGCAAUCGCAGUUGUGAUCCCUUGCAUUUUGUCUCUGUGUAUCCUCGUCUUGGUAUACACAAUCUUCCAGUUUAAAAACAAAGAGGUGCAGCAGAAUGUUGUGUAUUAUAAAAGACCUGUCCAGGAAUGGGUAUGACACAGCCCGCUGCACUUUGCAACUCAUUGAGCUGAUGAGGACUAUGGACAAAAAAUAAAAAUUAAAGAAAAAAAGAAGGAAAAAAAUGCAUUCAAAAGCCUACCAAACAAAACUACUUCAGCGACCUACAAGUUUUGGACAGCCUGGGACUGAAAGAAGCAGGAAAACUGGCAAAAAUACAGGCAGCGCUGCAGUGUGGAGCCUCUUUCCCUCUUGCUGCCUCAGCCGCGCGUCCAUCUCGUGUGCCCGCUGCCCACAUCGGAGUCUUCAGACAGGUUCCACCUGCCCUUCCGUUCCUGCACCAGUGCUCCCGUCAAACCCAGCAUUCUCCAGUGUAGCUGAACCACCUCUGAACAGAACCAUUUUUUUAACAGCUGUCUCAUAGAUGAAUUAAGAUCAUGAAAUCGAUGAACACGAACAAUUCAGUAUUGUAAGCAGAAGACAUUCUGAUGCUGAACCAUUCUAAAAGAUCUUCUUAGUUUAUUAUGAAACCCAGGGGAUUACCUGGAUACGAUUUUCCAAUACCUGCUGGUCAGAUGUUUUGUACAUUCAUAACUAAGCGACGCUGCCACUCAGCACCGUGCAUGAGGAACCACUGAGCACUCAGAGAGGUGAACGAGUGCAGAGCUCAAGAAGCACCAAACCAGACACCACGACAUUACCUGCCAACAUCAAGCCCCAGAUUGGGACAAUCUGAAGAGAAAGUAAUCAGGUCUAAAAAAAAAUCAUGGGAAUACAUGUUGUUUUAAGCUCCCAUCUGCAAGAAACGAUGAACAAAUGGUUACCGAUAUACUGGAAAAUAUGUAUAGAUGUAGACUGCACUCGGUUAAGAUGCUGGGAAAAGGUGAAUCGUUGUUCUGUGGCAUGUAUAGCUAGAUUGUGGAGUUUGUAUGUCGGGUUUCAGGAGAAUGGGAAUGUCUGUUUGGAGUGAGGUCGUCGUUAUGUUUUGCUGAGAUAGUCAAGGUACAGUAAGAAUUAGGCCUGUUUAUAACUCACUCCAGUCCCUGUAGAUGUUACGAACAUUGUAUGCCUUCCAAAUUUGUUUUUUGGUUUUGCUCACUUCUUCACAGGCAAAUAUUUGGCAAGAACCAAAGCAAGCACGGCACACAGCAGAAUGAGCGACUCACCAGCCACACUUGACAGACAUAAAAAUCAGGUAAAGGUGAGAUAAAUAUCCAAACUUUUGGCUAGUCACUUUUCACAAGUCUCUUCCUGCAACAGUGGCUUCUGUUUAUCCCUCUUACAAUUGUGAACGGUUCAGGAUGUUGUGUCAUAACCACAAACUUGGUCCGUUUUGUUGUCGAUGCUGAUAUUUCUAUCAUGUUAAAUAGGAGUGGAAGAAGGAGUUUCUUGCAAUGCAACGUGACGGUGAAGCCCGGCCCGGUACACAAGUGCCAUUCGUGGCAGCACAUGAACUGCUUUGCACACUCGCUAUGAGGAACGGGUGAUUGCAUAAGCCCUCUGCCUAUAACUGAAUUCUAUUCAGUGCAAUGCACGUGCAAUGCACAGAAUGUCCGGUUAGUAUAGAGGAAAUACAGCUUUGUAAUGUCAGAUACAGAAAAAAAAAAACACCGGAGGAUGGCAAACAUGCUAAAAAUAUCCUAAUUACAGUGAUGAGGAAUGAAGCAGCAGAAAGACUGUUAGCAUUCUGAAUUAACUAGUGCUCAAAUAUUGCUGUGGUGAAGCAGGAUAGACAAGUAGAUACCUGUAGUGAAGCCCACCAGGACUGCGCAACACAUGGUCUCAAACUGUAUUUUGUCCUUCAUACUUGAUUUCCAUAGCCAAGCUGUUUAUUGUGUUUAAACAUUAAAAAAAUAUUACAAAAACAUAUUACAAAAUAAGUGAGAAGCUAGUAGAUGCAAAACUUUGCAUUUUAGUGAAAAUAAUGUGAUAACGUCUCAUGAUGGGUGAAGGAGUGCAAAGGACCAAAUGAAAUUGGAGCUACUAAUUAGACACCCCCACACGUGCUACUCCGUACGCUGCUACGUGUACUCUGUAUGUGGUAGAACGCACACGAACGCCACAGCCACACGGACUCAUCUGUACGCUGCCAUCUCUCUGGGACUGCGACAGCCCAAACCUUUGAGCAACUUCCAACAGCCAUCAUUAAAACAAAAGAGAAAUUACAACCUGGAGAAA